UGGCUACUUUUGUGUUGGAACACUGAUUUAUCUCUUAACGGUUUGGUGUGUACUCCGUCCAUGUUUGCUGAAAGAUAUUAAAACUCUAGUUGUAUGUCAGGACAAAUAUGUUUCACGCUAUGGUCACAUCUGAAAAGUAUCGUCAAUCCCAAGAGAAAAAGGCAGAGUGAGUGCAAUAGUGCAUGAGAAAGUACAGCGUCAGUUGAAUCAUAUACGUGCUGGCAGUUACUGAUUUGGUGAUUCGUUAGUGCGGUUAAUAUAUAAAACUGUUACCCGUACCGCUAUAAGGUGAGCUAGGAUAUAGACUUUGGGACAAUAGAAUGGCAAGCGAUAUCCAACUACCACCCAUAAGAAGUGUGGACGAUUUUCUCAUUGCAAGUGCCAGGUUUGGUCGUCCAGAUUAUCAGGACAAGGAGCGAUGGAACAAUCGUAUUGUGAACAACCUUAUGUAUUACCAAACCAACUAUCUCAUAGUUGCAUUCGUUGCCUUUGGAUUGGUCACGUAUUUCCGCCCAAUUGAUACUAUUACUGGUGGAGGAUUGUUUGUUGGACUUGCUGCUUUAGCUUUAUAUGCAACAAACAACCGCGGAGCUGUGCAAAAGUUCAAGAAGGAUCAUCCUGCUGUAUUAGUUGCUGGUAUUGUUGGUGUAUCUACUGUUGCAAUGUACAUGCUUGGUUCUAUUGCUGCCUUUGUUUUCAGCAUUGCUCUACCUAUGCUUCUAAUUCUCCUACAUGCUUCAUUUCGAAUGCGCAACUUGCGUAAUAAAGUUCAGAACAAGGUUGAAGCUGUUGGCCUUAAAAGAACUCCUAUGGGUGUAAUAAUGCGGGCACUUGAUCAAGAAUUAUCUUAAUUGAGUCAUUCUAUUUCAAUCACACAUAAUGGAUGCACACCUAUACUGUAUAUAGUUUACACUAAAGAAUCUAUAGUAAAAUGGUACUUGUGUAGUGUAUAUCUUUUUUCAACGUGAUAUGUUCAAAUUGUUGUUUAAGUUCACCUUUGUAGCUGUAUUUAAUCUGUCAGUCUUAUUCUGUGCGAAAUUUGUUGGUACACAAACUUUUGAUAUGUUAAUACUUAAUAGUGCUGUGCGUGUGAUAUUAUGUCUCUGUUGCCUGUUCCCUUCAUUUUGUUUUUUGUUGUUGUAUGAAACUCUAGGAAUGUAUGUUUGGUGUUCAAAUAAUUUGCUGAGGUACAACUUACGACUGUAAGAAUAAACUUCUUUACUGUUAGCACCAUUUCUCUGUUUAAUGUAAUGGGUGUGGGUGGGAUCUAAAAGUUUAAAACAUUAGCAUGCAUGUAAGAGUUUAGUCAUUAAUUAUUUAGCCAUUUUAUUGAUGUUGUGGGAAUGUGGGAACAAAGUAAGGGUGUUGCAUUUUUAAAGUAUGGAUGUCGCAUUUUCUCACUUCCAACCCAUCAUGGUGUGUCGUAAAAAUCAUUACAGAUUGUAUUCUUUUAAAUUUAAUAACUGUUAAAUAUUCCUAACUUAAACCUAAAGUAAUACACAGUGUAACAUAUGACGUUGAAUGCAAUGAACCAAAUAAACAACCAUGGAUAAAC